GGGCCCGCGGUGGCGGCCGAAGCUACCGAGAUGUCGUCCGGUCAGCGCUGCCCGGUGUGCGCCGAACCUUGGGUUUCUCCUCGGUUGUUGCCCUGCCUCCAUUCGCUGUGCGUUCCCUGCUUGAGGCGGCUCGGGACUUUGGGGGAAACGGGCAGGGCCGCCGCCCGUAGCGUCCUCUGCCCGGUGUGCGACUCUGAGGUAACGCUGCCGCCCGGCGGCAUCGGUCAGCUCACCCCCGACUACCUGGCGCUGAACCGAAGCCGGGAAGCGGCGGGCUGCGACCUCUGCGCCGACGGGGCGGCUGCCAGGCGGUGCCUGACCUGCGGGGCCGACCUCUGCCUCUUCUGCUGCCAGGCCCACAGGAGACAGAAGAAGACGGCCUCUCAUGCUGUGAUGGAGCUGGAGAACACCAAGGAUUGCAACCAGGCCGCGCAGCCUCUCUUCUGCCCUUCCCAUCCCACAGAGGAGCUAAGGCUGUUCUGUGAGCAGUGUGACCAGCCUGUGUGCCGGGAUUGCGUUGUAGACAGGCACCGGCAGCACCCCUAUGACUUCAUCGGCAAUGUCAUCCACAGGCAUGGGGACGCCCUGCGUGAGCUGCUGAAAAGCACCCAGCAGCACAUGGGCACCCUAGAAGAUGUGCUGGGCCAGAUCAAUGACAUGGGCGGUGCCAUCUGCAGUCGCACAGAGGCUGUGGCCACAGAGAUCUGUCUGUUUGCCAGUGGGUAUGUGAAAGCGAUUGAAGAGCACCGGGACCGGCUGCUGAAGCAGCUGGAGGACUUGAAGGUGCAGAAGGAAAACUUGCUGCACUUGCAGAAGGCCCAGCUGCAGCAGCUGCUGCUGGACAUGAGGACAGGCGUGGAGUUCACGGAGCACUUGCUGACGAGCGGCUCGGACCUGGAGAUCCUUAUCACCAAAGGGGUGGUGGCAAGCCGACUGGCAAAGCUGAACAGUGUUGCUUACAACACCCACCCCAGUGUGGACGACAGGAUCCAGUUCUCUCCCCGGGAGAGAGCAGGACAGUGUUGUGGCUAUGAAGUUUUUGGGGCCAUUCUCAAUAAAGUGGUUGAUCCAGCCAGAUGUACCCUGCACGGGGAAGAUCUCCACAGUGCCCGUCAGAACCAGCUGACUGGCUUUACCCUGCUCUGCAAUGACACCAUGGGGGAGAGGAUGGGGCGAGGAGGAGAGGCCGUGCAGGUCACCAUCACCCACAAGGACAAGAGGGACCGUGCAGUCAAACCAACAGUGUGUGAUAAUGGUGAUGGGACCUACCAUAUUUCCUACAGCCCUGAGGAGCCAGGCUUGUAUGCUGUCUGCGUCUGUGUGAAAGGGCAACAUGUACAGGGCUCUCCAUUCACUCUGAUGGUGAAAAACAAGUUCCGUGAGCACCGAGGUGUGUUUCACUGCUGCACGUUCUGCUCAAGCGGAGGGCAGAAAGCUGCUCGCUGUGCCUGUGGAGGUACCAUGCCAGGUGGGUACCAAGGCUGUGGUCACGGACACAAAGGUCACCCUGGCUGCCCCCACUGGUCGUGCUGUGGACAAGUGAAGGAGAGCUCAGAGUGUUUGGGUGGGCCACCCAGCGACACCUCGCAGAGGAGUUUGCUCAGGACAGUGGCACUCUGAGCAGCCAGGUGAGCCCCUGCGAGCCCAGGGCACUGCUCCUUGCUGCUGCAUGAGCAUAAACCACGAGGAUCCCCACGAUCACCGCAUAGCCUUGCUGCCAGAAAACAACGUCGUGAGAGGUGUGAGCUGAGAAAGGGGGAUGAGGGAAAAUAAAAUUGUGCCUUAUAUUCCACCCGGGGGUGUGUAUGCAAAGUCGUUUCGUACCUGAACAGGAGCAAACGCUGGGAAUUGUACUGCUGCCUACAUUUUUGAGGACUUGAGGCCUGUGGGGUGAGGCUCGAAGGGAAACUCAGUCUGAACAGUUACCUCACAGGAGGGUCAAGAUGUGUCUCAUUCUGCAGGAUCAAUAGUCUGUGCUGUCCUUCUUGAAGAAGCCAAAGCUGCUCGUUGGGGCACAUUCCAAAGGGUUUGCAUUCGUGCCUUGGAAAGGCUUGGCAGUCUGAAUAUGGCUUCUGCCUCCCUCUUAGAUAGGCGGCUGGAUUCCAGCCUUCUACAUAUGCAUAUAGCACAGUCACACUCCUGGGAGCUGCUGUUGUGCUUGCAACUCUUACAUUUUUUCCAAGUAAGCUGUAGUCUCAUUACACCCUCUCUGCAAAGUAGGAGCAAGGCGGAUUAGUAAUAUAUCCAAAGGAAAUCCAAAGAAAACCCAUGGUGCUGAUGGGAACAGGAAUUAGAAUGUCAUUCACCCAGUCUGUAUGUUCUCCAUGGAGAUGGUGUGGGACAUAGUGCUGCUGGCAGUGAUGCGAGAGUGUGCUGGUUUUGGCUGGGAUAGAGUUAAUUUUCUGCAUAGUAGCUAGUAUGGGGCUAUGUUUUGGAUUUGUGCUGAAAACAGUGGUGAUGAUGCAGAGAUGUUACUGCUGAAGCAGUGCUUGCACGGAGUCAAGGCCUUUGCUGCUUCUCACCCCACCCCACCAACGAGGAGGCUGGGGGGCCACAAGAAGUUCGGAGGGGACACAGCCGGGACAGCUGACCCCAACUGACCAAAGGGAUAUUCCAGACCAUAUGAUGUCAUGCUCAGUAGAUAAAGCUGGGGGAAGAAGGCGGCAGGCAGGGAUGUUCGGAGUUACAACGUUUUCUCUUCCCAAGUAACCGUUACGUGUGAUGGAGCCCUGCUUUCCUGGAGAUGGCUGAACACCUGGCUGUGGAUGGGAAAUGGUGAAUGAAUUCC